CCCAAGCCCCCUGUGACCCCCGUUUUGUGCCCCCAGCGACGCUGGACGGGGGGCUGGGGCUGCUGCUGCCCAUGCAGGAGAAAACCUACCGGCGGCUGCUGAUGCUGCAGAACGCCCUGAGCUCCGCCCUGCCCCACCUGGCCGGGCUCAACCCCAGGGCCUUCAGGCUGCUGCAGGCGGAGCGGCGGCUGCUCCAGAACGCGGUCAGGAACGUGCUGGACGGGGAGCUGCUGGGCAGGUUCCUGUACCUGAGCGCCAUGGAGAGGGGGGAGCUGGCCAAGAAGAUAGGGACCACCCCGGACAUCAUCCUGGACGACCUCCUGGAGAUCGACCGAGUCACGGCCCACUUCUGAGGGGCUUCGGGACCCCCAAAUCCCACCCCCCUUCCCCCCAAAACUCCACGUUUGUAAUAAAACACCAACCCCCCAAAAAACUCCACGUUUGUAAUAAAACACCAACCCCCCAAAAAACUCCACGUUUGUAAUAAAACACCAACCCCCACAGCUGC